CGCCCUCCAACUAAACCACUCCAGCUUCCAAUCAUUCGGGUGCCACAAACACAACCCCAACUCUUUCUCACUUCGUCAUCUUCCCCUUCUUGAUCAUCCCUCACAAAGAAGAAAAACCAACGAUGAACCGACUAUUCGGUAGCAAGAACACGGCUCCGAAGCCAACACUGGACGGGGCGAUCAGCAAUGUAGAGAAUCGCAUCUCGAGCAUUGACGUCAAGCUGGCCGCGCUGAACUCGGAGCUCUCGACCUACCAGACCAAGAUCGCCAAGAUGCGCGACGGGCCCGGCAAGACGGCCCUGCGGCAGAAGGCGCUGAAGGUGCUGCAGCGGCGGAAGCAGUACGAGGCGCAGCGCGACCAGCUGUCGCAGCAGUCGUGGAACAUGGAGCAGGCGGGGAUGAUGCAGGACAACCUGAAGAACGUGAUGACGACGGUGGACGCGAUGAAGACGACCACCAAGACCCUGAAGAAGCAGUACGGGCAGAUCGACAUCGACAAGAUCGAGCGCAUGCAGGACGAGAUGGCCGACCUGAUGGACAUCGGCAACGAGAUCCAGGAGAGCAUCUCGCGCGCCUACGAUGUGCCGGAGGAUGUCGACGAGGCGGAGCUCGACGCUGAACUGGAGGCCCUCGGCGAGGAGACCAUGAUGGAAGGCGCCAUGGCCGACAGUGCCAUGCCCAGCUUUCUCCAGGACGAGGUCGCGCCCCCGCAGUUCAUCGAUGAGCCGCCGGAGCAGAGUAAGAUCAAGGAGCCUGCGGGCGGGCUUAGCUGAUUUGGGUGAGCGGAUGGGGGGGAGGCGGUCUAGUAUCUUUGAGCCUAGGUGUUCGAAUUAUGGAAAGCAUUCGGAGUUGGGUCAUGUCUAUUCGCCUUCAAGUUUUCCAGAUGAAGCAAUU